AUGCGGGCUGUUGUGUGUGAGACGCCUGGUCCAGUUCAAGUUCUCCAGAUCAAACAGGUACCGGUUCCAGUACCAGAGCCAGGACAAGUACUUGUUAAAGUGCUCGCCUUUGGCAUCAAUCGCGCAGAAAUGUUUACACGACAAGGUCACUCUCCUACCGUCAAAUUCCCUCGCAUUAUUGGUAUCGAGCUUGUCGGUCGUGUCGCCGCCUAUGCCGAGGGACAGGCUGCUGCUAUUCCCAUCGGAACACUCGUGGCGACGUGCAUGGGCGGCUUAGGUCGCGAAAUUCCAGGAUCCUAUGCCGAGUAUGUCUGCCCGGCUCAUCAUUUCGUGAAGCCAUUUCCAGACCUCGGCCUGGACUUGGCGACCGUGGCCGCGCUUCCCGAGAUGCUCCAGACCACCUACGGGUCUCUCACCGAGGCGCUGAAUCUGCAGCCCGGAGAAUCGCUUCUUAUUCGUGGCGCGACAAGCUCCAUCGGACUGGCAGCGAUUCAGCUGGCCAAAUAUCUAGGCGCUUCUAGGGUCGGAGCGACAACCCGGUCUGCCGGCCGCGAGACUCUACUGAAAAGCAGCGGCGCUGACAUGGUGUUUGUCGAUGACGGGACCGUUUCAAGGCAGAUCGCAGCCGAAGAACAAUUCGACAAGGUCCUCGAGCUCAUUGGCACGAAAACACUCAAGGAUAGCAUCUUGUGCCUCAAACCAAAGGGCACCGUCUGCAUGACAGGCAUCCAGGGAGGCGAGUGGACAUUGCACGACUUUUCGCCCAUCACGGACCUGCCGCAGAGACGCCGUCUCACUUCCUACGGCGGCGACGAGCACGAUUUUGUGUCUAUGCCUUGGGACAGACUGCUUACAGCCGUCAAAGAUGGUAAAAUCAAUAUUCCAGUUCGCCAGUUUAAGCUGGACCAAAUCCAGGAAAUUCACACACUUCUAGAAAAUGGCGGAGGCGGCCACAAGAUGGUGGUUGUGAUUUGA